AGUAUCUCUUGUCCAUCCGUACGGGGACAGAGAAUACAUACAUAUUUUACCAUCUCGUCUUGUUUCUUCUGCCGGUCCCUCUCUCCGUGCGGUCAAGCGCAGUCGCAGAAACGCCCACCAAAACAACGGAAGCAAACAUACACACUUUUGUCAAAGAAGGAAAAGUUUUCCUUGAAUAAGCCAAAGGGAUUCUAUUUCGUUUGGCAUCGAAGCUGAUACGCACACACAGACACACACUCAAAGAUCAGAGCGAGACGAAGGUGAGGGCUACACACACGGGUAACCCAAGAAGUCGAAUAGGAGGGUCAGUUUGCAAACACACAAACACCCACCCACACAACCAACCAUUUUUUUUUGGUUAGUGUCCUCGUCUUUUCGUUUCCACAUCACGUCUCACCCUUUCUUUUCCUGGCCGUGUUCAUUCUCCCCUUUUCCAGCAAAGACGGCUCAUCUUACCAUUGCCGAACGGUGUGCCUCGUCGGAAGCUGUUGUUGUUGUUGUGCUUUGCCGGCCUUCCCCUCAAAAGCAAAGAGUUAAUCGUUUUCUACUUCUUUUUUUUUUGUUUUCUGUGUAGCUGUUGCGUGCAUGCGUUAAGUACAACAAGCUUUCCUCUCGCUGUUGAAGCAUCGUACAUACCAACACACUUUUUCUCCCUCAAAAAGCAAAAACAAAAGAGAUAAAGGUACAUACGCACCGCUGUAGCGAGUUUUUUCCCCCAAAGGCGGCUUCGCUGAUGCACCUUCGCUGAUACAUUUACUUUUUGUUAUUUUCUUCUAUUUCUAUUCUUGUAUGGACAACUCUUAUUAUUAGUAGAUAUAUAUACAUAUAUACUCAUGGCGAGCCACUCCCCGGUCACACAGGAUGCGCAGCGCUACCGCCCCCGCGACACGCACGCGGAACGGCUGGCGGCGGCCGAUAAAGCUGCCCUCGCCCGUUGGAACUCGGCGACGAACACUGCGUGGUACCCCGACUACCAUUUAGCUCCCUUUACGGGGUGGAUGAACGACCCCAACGGACUCGUGUGCUUCCGCGACCGCUACCACGUCUUCUAUCAAUACCACCCGUACAGCUCCGAUUGGGGCCCGAUGCACUGGGGUCACAUCACCAGCGAGGAUCUCGUGCACUGGCAGCACCAGCCCACGGCGCUGGCGCCUGGAGACGCGUGCGAUCGCGACGGCUGCUUCUCCGGCUCCGCGGUGACCUGCGACGAUAAGCUGUACAUGUUCUACACAGGCCACUUUGUACUGGAUGCGCCGACGCCUAGCAACCCUGAUGCCAUCUACGAGCACCAGUGUCUUGCCGUGAGCAGCGAUGGCAUUCACUUUGAGAAGCUCGGUGCGGUGGUGCGACCCCCACCAGGCUACGUCCACUUCCGGGAUCCGAAGGUGUGGUUUCAAGAGGGCCGUUGGUGGAUGGUGUGCGGCGCGCGUGACUCCGCGAAGGACCUCGGCCAGCUCCUGCUCUUCACCUCGGACGAUUUGGAGCACUGGGAUGACUCGGUGUGGCAGGUGCUGGCGGUCACAGAGGACAAGAACGUGUUCAUGUGGGAGUGCCCGGACUUCUUCACGAUGGGCCGCCGUGAAGAUCUCAAAAUUCUUCUCUUUUGCCCGCAGGGCAUACGUGCCAACGAGUACGACUACCGCAAUCGCUUUCAGAACGGGUACAUGGCGGGCCACUGGCUGCCCGGUGGGCCGUGGACGGUGCAGCGCGAGUUCCGCGAGCUGGACCGUGGACACGACUUCUACGCCGCGCAGACUUUUAUGUCCGCGGAUAAUCAACGUCGACUGAUUCUGGGGUGGCUUGACAUGUGGGAGAGCCCGAUGCCGUCGAAGGAGCACGGCUGGUGCGGGUGUCUGACGCUGCCGCGGGAGCUGCACUACAGCGAGAGCACCGGUCUGCUCCGGAUGCUGCCGGCGCGGGAGUUGGUGGGGCUGCGUGCACCGGAGGUGACGAUGGUGCCGGGCGUGGUGCUGGACGACAACAGCGAUGCGCAGCUGCUGGCGGACUGCACGGCGUACGAAGUCGACAUCACCUUCAACACCGAGACGAGCACGGCGGAGAAGUACGGCCUCUGGCUGGGCGCUGAAGUGGAGUUGUUUGUCGACACGCAGUCCAACCGCCUUGUCUUGAACCGACACUACCCGCAGUACAUGCUGAGCGGCUACCGCUCGUGUGAGAUGCCGACGACGGUGCUGCUGCGCCUGCACGUGUACGUGGAUCGCUCGUCGAUUGAGGUAUUCGUGAACGACGGUGAGGCGACCUUCUCCUCUCGCAUCUUUCCAGACGAGGGCGACCGCGCGCUGCGUCUCUUUGCGAUUAACGGGACGGCGGAUGUCGUGGGCGGGAACAUGUGGAAGCUGAAGGCGACGAUAGAGCAUUGA